GCCCGGCCCGGGGCGGAGCGGAGCGGGGAGGGAGCCGCUCGGGGAUCGGGGCUCGGGGAUCGCGGCUCGGGGAGCGGCCAUGGGGAAGCUGCUGGCGGUGGCUCUCGUCGGGAUGGCGGCAGCCCUGGCGGCGGAGCGGCUGCUGGCCUUUCGGAACAGACUCAAUGCUGCACGGGAAAUCGACCCCGUAACCCUCCCGAAUUGCCAGCUCAUAAAAGGGAUUGAAAGAGGCUCGGAAGAUAUCGACAUCCUUCCUAAUGGACUGGCUUUCAUCAGCUCCGGCUUGAAAUACCCAGGACUAAAGAGCUUUGCACCAGACAAACCAGGUGAAAUAUUUUUGAUGGAUUUGAAUGAAGAGAAGCCCAGAGCAGUUGAACUGAGAAUCAGCCGUGGGUUUGACCUGGCGUCAUUUAACCCUCAUGGGAUCAGCACUUACAUAGACAAAGAUGACACCGUGUACCUCUUUGUUGUGAAUCACCCGCACCAGAAGAGCACAGUAGAAGUGUUUAAAUUUGUAGAAGAUGACAAUUCUCUUGUACAUCUGAAAGCCAUUCGACAUGACCUUCUGACAAGUGUGAAUGAUAUAGUGGCUGUGGGGCCAGACAGCUUCUAUGCUACCAAUGAUCACUACUUCUCCGACUUCAUCUUGAUGUUCUUGGAGAUGUUCUUGGGUUUAACCUGGUCAAAUGUUGUUUACUACAGUCCAAAAGAAGUUAAAGAAGUAGCAGCUGGGUUUUAUUCAGCCAAUGGAAUUAACAUUUCACCUGAUAAAAAGUACAUCUAUGUUGCAGAUGUAUUAGAUCAUAAAGUCCAUGUUAUGGAAAAGCAUGCUAAUUGGAAUUUAACCCAUGUGAAGACGCUGCAGCUGGACACGCUCGUCGAUAACUUGUCUGUCGACCCUGACACUGGGGACAUCUGGACAGGCUGUCAUCCCAAUGGGAUGAAGCUAUUCUACAAUGAUGCAGAAAAUCUGCCUGCCUCUGAGGUCCUGCGCAUCCAGAACAUCCUCUCGGAGGAGCCGUCGGUGACGCGGGUGUAUGCCGACGAUGGCUCCGUGCUGCAGGGCAGCUCAGUGGCAUCCAUCUACGGUGGAAAACUGCUCAUCGGCACCGUCUUCCACAGAGCCCUGUAUUGUGAGCUAUAGCUGGUCCCGGCCUUCCUCUCCAAAAUGAGAGUUUUACGUAGUGGUAAAGGAAAUGGAACUGAAGGUGAGAAACCAGCUUCUCUUUAGCAUGGAGUACCUCACGACAGCAACAAAGGGUAAAGCAGAAGUUCAGAUGACAAAUGACUGAAACUGUCAGACUUCGAAUUGUCUGUUGUGACUGGAUUUCUGGGUUUUGUCUGAGAAAAUUGGUUUUGUAAAUGAGAAUUACUAAUGACCAGUCUGGUGUGCUUUCUUGGCACUGACCCUGGCCUUUCCUAGGGACUGUGCUAGGGCUUCUUUUUCUAAGCCUUCCUGAUCUGGGCUUUCCCUAACACUUCAGAAAUCAGUGGAAGGAGAAUAAAUGAUAUUUUAGGCUCACUUCUUCCUUCUUCCCCUUUUAAACCAUUUCCUAACAUUACUUCACUUUCAUGAGUCUCAAUCCUGCUGAGAAAAGAGGGGGCGUCACUCUGGAGUGGUUUCUUACUGAGCCUUCCAGAGGGAGCCUAAAGAAGACUGUUUUUUUUCUCUUAAGGAGCAGGAAACAAGUCCCAAAGACCUCCAGUGAAAAGCGCAUUAGCUGUUAUUGUCUGUCACAGCACAAGGAGCCUUUGCAGGUGGUUUGCCACAGUGACUGCCACCAGGUGUGGCUCACACCUAUCCUGUGCUGAGCUCCAGGCGGUGCGGAGCUGAUUUCAGCACGUGCUGGGUUCCCACUUCACGUUCACCCAUUGGCACUUACCUACAGCGCUGUACUCUGCCCUGUUAAAGGACCUAGCUGGGUUUCCAUCGACUGAUGUUUUUGGGGUGGUGGUGGUUGGUCGUCGCUUUCAAUAAACAGAGUUAAGCGUC